AUGAAGAACACGAGCUCGUUACAGCACGUGCGAGCAGGCAGUUCCCAUUCCCGUUUUAAGAUGAAAGUGCACCGAUUCCGGUACUUUUUUUUUCUCUCUCUUCUUACUUUCAGUUCGCCGUUUCGCUUCGUCGUACUGUCGGCAUGCACUCGCGUACAGGUAACGUAACGUAACGUAACGUACGUACUAUACGUCGGAGCACGCGUCUCGUGUAAGCAAAGGUGAAACACGUUUCGCGUACCGAAAGCAUAAACAUACUACACGCAUGGUAUAAUGACUUUUACCUGUUGGCCUACCCAUGGUCAAGGCCUUAUCGAACCACUUUCCCACCAAUCCGGUCGCACGGAUUGUGAGAGGGGCCUUCUCGUUCGAUGCUUGUUAACACUUUGGUUCGCAGUGGGUUGAAAAAUGUCUCGCUUUUUCUUUUUCUUUUAAUGCGAUAUUUUUCUAUCCGCGUCACGUUGAAAAAUUGAAAUACCUGGAAACAGAGAGGUUCGUGUUAUGUUGCAAUCAGGCUGUUUUUUUCUUUUUCUUUUUCGCGUUACAAAUCAUUAUACGUUAUUAGUCUCUAGAGAUGAUUCUACUUUCAUACACUCUCGGCCCAAAUAUAGCAUAUACUCUAAUAAAAUUAUUAAAUUUCUUUGUAUUAAACAAAUCCUUCUUAUACACGUGCCAGCCUUCCAUAGCGCUUUUAUCAACAAGUAAUAUGAAUUGAACUUUUUGCGUGAUACAUUUUGUGUUAAUAAAAAAUGUACUUAUUUUCGAUAAAUUCGUGUCGCAUACGUGUUAAUUUCUUCGUCAAUCAUUUCAACAUACUUUUUAAUAUUUGAUUUUCCUGCGAUAAAUCGACUCAGAAGUUGUCCUGCCCUUUCGUAAUUGAAUCCCUUUUCAUCAGUAAUAUAACUAUACACUUUGCCUUUUCUUAUUUGUAGAAACGCGCUUCUCUACAAAUUGCAAAUGGCACAGCCCAAGCUCUUGCUUUAAUCAAGGUUCUCGUUGCAAUUUUUUUGUCGUUUCAGAUGUUCAUAAUCUUUCAAAAGACGUCGAACAUUGCUUGCAAUUCCAGCUUUUUCUAUAAUUUGUCUCGAGCUUGAAUUUGACAGUACAUAUAUUCUAGCACGUUCCUUUUUCCAUAAUUAUCGGGGUCUUGUUGCUAAAUCCAUCAUCACUUUACUGUUCUGUUAACCAUUUUUAUCACGGGACAAUGUUCUUCGUUUAAUUUCAAUAUCGCGUGUACUUCAACUGGAUUUCACUCUUUUCCGCGACCCAUUUUUACAAAUAUUAAUACGCAUUUAACUGAACGAUAUUUCAUACGAAUAUUACACUUCCGGUAGCUUCUGUACGACUGAGGGCCGUAAAUAUUCGGAAUUGUUCGAUUCUGUCUGCCUCGAGGCUACGGACAGUAUUUUCGUUUUUGUAUAGUUCUAAGAAAUUGCAAUAACAUUCGAUAUAAUACACAUUAUUAAUGCACGCUCAAGGAUAUUAAUGUUGUCUGCGCGUUCCCUUUACUUCACGAUACAUAACAUAAGAAAAUACAGAGUGUGUUAUUUCUUGCCCCGGGGUGUAUAUUUCGCAAUAAAAUUUCUGUGCAAUCUAGUAUUUCCUUUUUAAUAAAAUUUAUACUUGGAAGAGUUAGGGUGGAAUUUAUUAUAAACAUCAGACGCAUACAGCUUGGUCAGAACUUACAAUUUUGAACAUUUGUAAAUUCUUAAUAAACGUGUAAUUAUGCAUUUAUUUUUUCGCAUGACCAGAGAUAUAUAGAUAUCUUGCAUUUAAUACACGGAUUGGCAUACUUAUUUGUCGCCUCGUUACGAUCAAUUUUUGUUACGUGAGUAAAUUGAUUGCGUGUUUCGAGUAUAUUCUCUGUGUAUUACAAAAUUAAUUGAUCAAAACACGGACACAUCAACUACACACACGAUACAAAAAACGAUAGAAAUCUUCAUCUUCAGGCUUGAAAUCCUAUUUUUAUCAGUGUGCGAAACAAGUUUCAAACUCGUUGGCAAUCAGCAACGAUAAAUCUCGAUCGGCAAAUCCGACGAUUCCACGUAACAACGACUUCACGCAUUGUUCCUUUUCUUUUCUGAUCCGGGGGACGGCUGGUUCCGUUGUGGCGUCUAGGCUCAGCGAUCUACCAGAAUGGAAAGUUCUGCUGCUCGAGGCUGGGCCUGAUGAGCCACCUGGUGCCGAUAUCCCGAGCAUGGUCGCCAUGUUUCUCGGCACCGAGAUCGACUGGCAGUAUCGCACCGUGAACGAGACGAACGCCUGUCUUUCGACAGGUGGAUCGUGCAGCUGGCCGCGAGGUAAGAACCUCGGUGGCACUUCCGUUCACAAUGGUAUGAUGUACACGCGGGGUCACGCCAGAGAUUACAACGACUGGGCGGCGAUGGGCAACGAGGGAUGGUCUUGGCAGGAGGUCUUGCCGUAUUUCAUGUGCUCGGAGAACAACACGGAGAUCAAUCGCGUUGGACGGAAGUAUCACGCAACCGGCGGGUUGCUCAACGUCGAGAGGUUCUCCUGGAGGCCCGACAUCUCCGAGGACAUCCUGGCAGCCGCCGCCGAGAGAGGAUAUCCGAUCACGAGGGACCAUAACGGCGAUCAGAUCACAGGGUUCACGAUCGCUCAAAUGAUGAGCAAGAACGGUGUUAGACAAAGCAGCGCGGCCGCUUUCCUUCGACCUUACCGUUACAGGCAGAACCUUCAGGUCGUCCUGAACGCCACCGCCACGAGAAUCAUUAUAGAGAACGGCAAGGCAGUCGGCGUUCAGUAUCACAAAGGCGGCGAGCUCCGAAUGGCGCGAGCUUCGCGCGAGAUAAUCGUCUCCGGCGGCGCUGUCAACUCCCCUCAGCUGUUGCUGCUCUCCGGGAUCGGGCCGAAGGAGCAUCUGACGGCCGUGAACGUGAGCGUCGUUGAAGAUCUUCCAGGAGUCGGCAAGAAUCUACAGAAUCACGUGUCGUACACGUUGUCCUGGACGAUAAAUCAGCCGGACGAGUUCGACCUGAAUUGGGCGGCAGCGUUGGAGUACGUCGCGUUUCAGAGAGGAAGAAUGGCGUCAACCGGCCUGUCCCAAUUAACCGGGAUCCUGUCGUCCCCUUACACCACCGCCGAUCACCCCGAUCUUCAGUUCUUUUUCGGCGGGUAUCAGGCGUCGUGCGCCACCACUGGAGAGAUCGGAGCCCUCAUGGACGACGGCCGUCGUAGCAUAAGCAUAUCGCCGACGAAUAUUCGACCGCGUAGCAGAGGUACUUCUUUUCGAGCUUCCUCCCCCAGAUCUCACGUCGAUAUAAAACUGAUUUAUACCGAUUGUCAUCGAUCCAGCUCCCAUCGAAUCACGAUGCAACACUGUGACAAGAAGCAAAUCUGUUCGUCUCUUUCAGGAGUUCUCCGCUUGGCUAGCAACGAUCCUCUCGCGAAACCUGUGAUCCAAGGGAACUAUCUGACCGAUCCGUUGGACGUUGCCAUCCUCGUCGAGGGAAUUCAGAUAGCCUUGUCGUUCAGUAAUACUACCGCCAUGGCGAAAUAUAAUAUGACGCUGAGCAACCACCCUCUGCAAGCUUGCUCGCAGUACCCGUUCCUAAGCAACGAUUACUGGAGCUGCGCUGUGCGCCAGGACACCGGCCCGGAGAAUCAUCAGGCAGGCUCCUGUAAAAUGGGUCCAUCGUCCGACUCAAUGGCCGUUGUGGAUCCACGACUCAGAGUGCACGGUAUCAAAGGGUUGCGAGUCGCCGACACAUCCAUCAUGCCUCAACAAUUUGCCAUGUUUCCUAGUUCCCGUUCGACGAUCGACAGCUCGUUGGAUCUGUUGCUUUGGGGCAUCAAAUACAUCGACUGGGACCAGGCAGCCUGGUAG